AUUACUUUUUGCCCAAUCAAUUAAUUAAUCAAAGUCUUCUUCAUUUUCUUUGUUUGCAUUUUCCAUUGGUUGCGCUGCUCCUGGUGUCUGAAUCGGUGAAUGAGGAACAAACAAACACCGUGAAUGAUAGUGAGAGAAGAGACAAAAGGAGACAUCAUGUUCAGCGACAACAAGAACAAAAACAAUGGCAACAAAAACAACAACAACAACACCAAUAUUCCUCGUCCUCAGUUCAUGCAAUCAGAACCUAGACUUUCCACGACAGAUGCUUUAACCGACACGAUGCGUAGCAGCAGCGCCGCCUCCCCCAUGAGCCCUUACAACUAUGACUCCGGAAGGUUAAGUGGUGAUAGCUCACCAAUGAUGAUGUCACCAUGGAAUCAAUCAAAAAGUUCUCCAUUCUCGAAACCGCAAUGGUCAGAAUGCGAAGAAGCCGUUCCACAAAACUCAAUAAUCGGUUCUCUGGUUCGCGAAGAAGGUCACAUAUAUUCAUUAGCAGCUUCUGGCGACUUAUUAUACACCGGCUCCGACAGCAAGAAUAUUCGCGUUUGGAAGAAUCUUCAAGAGUAUUGCGGAUUCAAAUCCAACAGCGGAUUGGUGAAAGCAAUUAUAAUCUCCGGUCAAAAAAUCUUCACCGGUCACCAAGACGGUAAAAUUAGGGUUUGGAAAGUUUCAAUCAAGAACCCUAGCGUUCACAAACGCGCUGGAACGUUACCAACGCUGAAAGACAUUUUCAAAAGCUCGAUUAAACCAAGCAAUUACGUCGAAGUUCGUAAACACCGCACCGCGUUAUGGAUCAAACAUUCCGACGCCGUUUCGUGUCUCAGUCUCUCACCUGAUAAAAACUAUCUCUACUCUGCUUCUUGGGAUCGAACAAUAAAGGUUUGGAGAAUCGCCGAUUCGAAAUGUUUGGAAUCGAUUACCUCACACGAAGACGCGGUGAAUUCCGUCGUUUGCGGAAACGACGGAGUGGUUUUCUCCGGUUCCGCUGACGGUACAGUGAAAGUGUGGCGAAGGGAGUCACGUGGGAAAGGAACUAAACACGUGCCGGUUAAAACGCUUUUAAAACAAGAAUGUGCGGUUACGGCUUUAGCGGUGGAGCCCACAGGUUCAAUGGUGUAUUGUGGUGCGUCUGAUGGGUUAGUUAAUUUUUGGGAACGUGAUAAGCAAUUUGCGCACGGUGGGGUCCUCAAAGGUCAUAAACUUGCUGUUUUGUGUUUAUCUGCGGCAGGAACGUUGGUUUUCAGUGGCUCGGCUGAUAAGACAAUAUGCGUGUGGAGAAGAGACGGUGUUAUUCAUACGUGUGUUUCUGUUUUAACGGGACAUGACGGUCCUGUUAAAUGUUUAGCGGUGGAACAUGACCGUGAAUCUGAUGCUAGAGGUGAACAGCGGUGGAUUUUGUAUAGUGGAAGUUUGGAUAAAUCGGUUAAGGUUUGGAGUGUUUCUGAGAGUCUGCAGCAUAAUCGUAUGACUUCUGAUGUGGACUCGUUGCCUUCUGAAUCCGAUAGCAGUUAUUCUUCGGGUCGGGCCGGUAACAAAAAGAGGAAUUGAACUGAUCCAGUCUGAGUCAUAAUUAUUUGGGCCUAAUUUGGGUUUGUUUGGCCCAUUCUGAUGCUACUGCCACGUCUCUUUGCGGGAUGAUUGUGUUGUUGUUUUUUUUUCUUCUCUCUCGCUAAUAUGUAUAAUUUUUUGUUUGUUAUCAGACUUUGAUUGAUCGUUUUUGCAACGCUGGGACAGGCAAGUUGGAAAAUGAUGAUAUUAAUGUAAUGUAAAGUAAUAUAAUUUGUGAAUGUAAAAAUGGUUUUGAUGUA